AUUUCCCCAUAUUUCCGUUCCAAUUUACUGUUAAUUUAUCCAAUCCCCAAAAAUAAAAGAGAAAAAAUGUCAUCGUCGUCGGUACGCCGGCAAAGAGACUUAACCGCCUGCAAACAGAAACCUGCAAAAACCCCGACUCCGGUCUCCAACACCAAUCCGACCCUAAAAAAAUCAUCUUCCGGAAAGGAAAACCCAAGAUCCAGCAGUCUUUCUCGGGCUUCCGUGGUGACCCAGAAGCCCAUGAUCCGUCCCGUUCCACGCGUUGAGAAGGCGGUGGCGGUAGGUGGUUCCGACGGUGAAGGCCGGGUGCGGUUGUCCACGUCGUCUGCUCCAAGAGGUAGGAGUCAAAGCCCAUCUGAUUUUAUUAGGGUUUUUUCGGAUUUGAAGGAAGAUAGGGUUUCAGUUGAUAGUGUUUCAGUUGAUAGGGAAAAGAAGGGUUUUAGGGAUUCCAGAGUUAAAGGUUGCAAAGAAAAUGGUGGAUUUAAGGAGAGUUUGGUGAUGAAAGUGAAGGAAAAUGAGGGGAAAACACAAGGGGUUAGGGUUUUAGAUGGGAAUUGCAAAAAAGAUGUUAAAUUUAACUUUGAUUUGGGAAAAUCAAACGGGGAAAAUAUUCAAAAUGGGGUUUCUGGGGCUUUUAAUGAAAAGAGUAUUUCAGAUUUUGAUUCAAAAUGCGAUGCAAAGUUUCUGAAAGAGAAAUCUUUAAGUGAUGGAAAGUGUUUGAUGAUUUCAAAAGAGGACUUGAGUGUGCAAGAAAGUGGAGGGAGUGGAGCUGCCAUUAAAUAUCCAAGCAAACUUCACGAAAAACUUGCUUUUCUAGAAGGGAAGGUGAAAAGAAUAGCUUCAGAUAUUAAAAGGACCAAGGAGAUGCUCGACAAGAAUAAUCCGGAUGCCUCAAAGGUCAUACUUUCUGAUAUCCAGGACAAGAUUUCGGGUAUUGAGAUGGCGAUGGGAAAUGUUGUGACUGAUUCAAGUGGUAAACCGAGUGGUUUGAAAGGUUCUGGAGAUGAAGAUGUGGGUACUAAAAAUGCUGAUGGGAGUCAGAGUAGGCAGGUGGGUAAUGUUAAGAUAUCAGUUAAAGGUUUGAAUAUUGAGGAAUUGGAAGCUAGAUUUUUUCCUCAUCAUAAGUUGCUUAGAAACCGAACAUCAUUGAAGGAAUCGUCAGGGAGAUCUCAAAGUCACGAAUCCUCUAAAGCCGUAGAAUCUGGUAGUGAAUUAAGGGAAGAAAAGAAGUUACCGAGUCCCGUUGAGGAUAAUCCAAUAGCCUUGGAGUUCUUGGCUUCACUUGAUAAGCAAAGUAAAGUUACAAUGAGGAAUGAGCAGGCUACUUUGGAGAAUUGUGAUAUUCAAGAUAUGGAUGGUGGUGUUGCUUCAGGGGCACAAGGGCCUUUGAAAGACGUUGUUGUGAAGCAUGCUGUAGAGAUCAAUCUAGAAUCAGAUGAGAUACUCGAGGAGUUUGAUGACCAAGAGAAUAGGCCAACUGCUGUUGUUGAGGAGGAGUCUGAAGAUGCUAGCGUUUACCAGCUCAAUGAAAUUGGUUGCAAGACUUCAACCGGAGGAUGGUUUGUUUCAGAAGGAGAGGCAGCACUUGUUGCUCACUACGACGGGUCGUGUUCCUUUUAUGACGUUACAAACUCUGAGGAGAAGGCUGUCUACAAGCCUCCGGAAGGCGUCUCACCUAAUAUGUGGAGGGAUUGUUGGAUUAUUCGUGCUCCCAGUUCAGAUGGUUGUUCGGGGAGAUACGUUGUGGCUGCAUCUGCUGGUAAUUCUUUAGAAUCAGGAUUCUGCUCAUGGGAUUUCUAUACCAAAGAUGUGCGUGCUUUCCACACUGAGUGCGGGGAAACUGCUUCAAGAACGAUACUCGGUCCCUUACCAAACAACCCUUUGUAUAGAAGAAAUGCUCCGUGUAAUAAUUUACCACCGGAAACUCAGCAGUGGUGGUAUAAACCAUUGGGCCCUCUUAUCAUCUCUACUGCCAGCUCUCAGAAGGUUGUCAAAGUAUAUGACAUCCGUGAUGGUGAGGAAAUUAUGAAGUGGGAGGUGCAGAGGCCUGUGUUGUCAAUGGAUUAUUCAAGUCCAUUGCAGUGGAGAAACCGAGUGAAGGUAGUAGUAGCCGAAACAGAAAUGAUUUCUGUCUGGGAUGUGAACUCUUUACAUCCUCAGACAGUACUAUCCGUCUCGUCAUCUGGUCGAAAAAUCUCCGCUCUUCAUAUAAAUAACAUCGAUGCCGAGAUAGGUGGAGGGGUUAGACAAAGAGUCAGUUCGGCAGAAGCUGAAGGAAAUGAUGGUGUAUUUUGCACUGCGGAUUCUAUUAAUAUAUUGGAUUUCCGCCACCCAUCGGGUAUCGGUGCGAGAAUCGCAAAAGUUGGCGUUAAUGUGCAGUCAGUUUCCUCUCGAGGGGAUUCAAUCUAUCUCGGAUGCACUAAUCUAAAACCAUCCGGACAAAAACAGCCAUGUUCUCAAGUGCAACAGUUCUCGUUGCGUAAACAAAGGCUCUUUGCUACAUAUUCUUUGCCUGAAUACAAUGUCCAUUCCCAUUAUUCAGCCAUAACACAGGUGUGGGGUAAUUCAAACCUUGUCAUGGGUGUUUGUGCGCUGGGACUCUUCAUAUUCGACGCACUGAAGGAUGACGGGCUUCAGCCUUUCAUGUACAAUAAUGGAAGUGCUCAAAAUGUCCGAGAGAUCGUUGGGCCAGAUGACAUGUAUGCCCCUUCUUUCGACUACUUGGCAUCUCGAGUGCUCUUGAUAUCCAGAGAUCGCCCUGCACUAUGGAGGUACUUGUCAUAGGUUUGUACGAUAGAUGUUGGAAAAUUGCAUAUCAUAAUUAAUCAAGAGACAACCAGCAUACCUAAAUUCUAGGAGUUUAUGUUUGGCCUCUCCUGGCAUGCUGUGAACAUAUAAAUGCUUAUGUUAUUGAUUGAAGACUUGUUUUUUGCUUAGAAAACCAGUUAAGUGCAGCAUGAUGCUGACUUUCUAUGUUGUAGUGUGUGUGCGUGUGUUUUAAUGGAAGAGUGAAUAGUGUUUUGCA